AUGGCAUUGAAGACUUCCUCUCCCUGCCACCAAAGGUUGACGCCGCCCGAUAGCCCAGCCAAGGAGUCGACUAUGCCUCCAACUACCUUGAACGACCUGAAAUAUCUCUUUGGUGUGUUUCUUGAGAAGGCGAUGCUCGAUCUUACCAACCAAGAACCUCCAAACACUCCUGCCUCCCACGACCAGUCCCUAGCAGCCCCCGACAUGAUUCAGCUGAAGCAGUUGCUGGUGAAACUCGCAAGUGAUGAAGGUGCUUCAGUUAGACCCUUCGUGACAACUAAUCCUGCUCAGUCUGGUCUUGCCAACAAUGAACAGGAAGAGGCUGUUCAGGUGGCAGAUGAAAUUGAUCUCAAUCGUCCAAUCUGUACUACGCCAGAUGAUUUCAAAUUGUUUGAGAAAUGGGCAUCAGCAUCCCAAUUCAAAACAGUCGUUGAAACUUGGGACAAAGAGACAUGUAAAUACAAGAUAGCCGAUCCAACCGCCGAGACUCGCACUGAUCUGGACGACUAUGCUGAUUGUGUGUUUGUUGUCCGCGAACGAGUUGAGCGGAAUUCUGAGGAGGUGACGUCCUACAUAGACAUCAAAUCGGAAGGUCUACGUGACAUCCUACGUGUGGUGCUGCACGACAUCAAAGCUAUUAGUCUGAUAGAGGACAAGCCAUCGAUCGAGCAAAACGUCCUUUUCCAUUUCCUCCCGGAGCUCGACAGAUAUGUCGAGAACACGGACAACAGUUCGGACCAUAACUCGGCACAUACGGAGCAUCUCCGCCUGCUCAUCGACCACCUCAAGCAGGCGUAUGCCUCUAUCUCGCAGCGUCUCGAAUCAAUGCUGCAGCACGCACAAAAGAGCCGCGAUGUGUCAAAUUCGACGCGGGAGAAGAAAUAUCCAAAAUAA